AUGGCGCCUACUGAAGUUGGAGAGAUCUUUGCGCGCGACUACUACAGGUGUCGCUAUGGCUACACCUACAAUGGCCGUUACUGUACGCGCAACAACUGGUCCCACUGGGGACGCUGGGUGCUUGCCGGUAUCGUCAUUGUAUUCUUCCUAAUGUUUUUCAUGUGCUGUCUUAUCUCCCGCCGCCGCAAGAGCCGUGGCCAUAAGCCCGUAUACGGCACAGGCUGGAUGGCUGGUAAGCCAUGGGGCAAGAACAACAACAACCAGCAGAUGUACAACUACGGUAACCAAGGUGCCCACAACGGAGGUUACCAGCCGAACAACGGUGGCUACGGCGCGCCUCCUCCCCCUCCCGCGUACGGCCAGCAGCAGCAGCCUCAGUACACGGGCACGACAUUCAACUCCAACGAUGGCUACUACGGCCAGAACCAGUACGGUGGCGUCCAGCCUCCCCAGGGCACAUAUCAGCGCGACGGCGGCUACUCUGCCCCAGCUGGUCCCCCUCCCGGCAAGUAA